AUGAAAUGUAUCUCUACUCCCACCUAAGAUCAACAGUGUUCUGACUUGGCGAAUACAGGAAAAUGUUGUUUUGAUAUUUUGAAUCAGGUUGCUUGUUUGUCAAUGCCUAAUGUAUACUGCAAAUUCUAUAAGUAAAAUUUCUUCAUCUUGGAUAAAAAGGCUAUUGAUGUUGCUAAUGGUAGUUCGCUGGUACCAGAAAAAUAUCAUCUAUCUCCUAAUGUGAUGGAUUACUUUAACAGAAAUAUUUUUGGGAGCAUAUUUAUUUAUGACGCAGUAAGACUGUAAUUAUUAAUAUCUAUAAACCAAGUCCAUCUAAAUAUUUUGCUUUAUGUAGAUCAAUUUCGAUUAGUCAAUAAGGAUGCCUUGAGAAGGCAAUGGAAUAUUGUAAAUUUAUUCUUAUAUUGCUUAGGUUGUUAUGAUAAUAACUCUUGCGAAUCAAUGAGUUUAGAGACUAUCAAACUGCAAACAAAGUUAAAUUAGGCUUACAAUUGGAAACCUGUAUUUCAAUCAAUGCCUUAUGUAAAUUUCAAGGAGGAAAAUUUGUUCCUAUUGCAAUAACUGACGCAGAUGAAAAAUUGAUCAAAGAUUAGGAUUUUAAACGAGUGAGUAUUAUCUGUACUUACCUUAAUAUAUUAUGCAAUUGUAGGUCCAUAAAUUUGUGCACAAUUUCCAACACCAUACAACAAUAACACAUUAACAUACUCUUGUUUAGUCGUUACUCUAUAAACAGAGGUAUGCUCUGCUCUUGGGUUAAGUAAAUCCGCUUGUUUAACUUAUACACUUUCAUCUUUCUGCAUUUUUGAUGCUGCUAAUUUUAAAUGCACUUCCACUAAUGAUAAUUUAAUACCUUGCUUCCUUGCUUAGAGACGAAAGUUUCUAAAAGUGGUUUAACAACUAGGCAAAAUGCCAAUUUAUUAAAACUGCAGAAAUGUAAUUAUAUAAAUGAAAGUUAGUAUUGCUAAUUUAUUAUGCAUGGAGAUAGUGGAGAAUUCUUAGAAAUUUCGAUUAAUCUACUCACUGGUUUAUGCUUAGAACCUGAUGCUCAAACUAAUCAAAUCACUUGUAGAAGAGCAACCAAUUAGGUUUGCUUUUAUAAUUAAAUUACAAAAAAUGUUCUACUGGAGUUGUAAUGCAAUGCAAUGAUGUCUUGGUUUAUCAUUCAAUAAAUAAGCUUGUUUAAGGUUGCAUGUAGUAAUCAAUAAAUGACUUAACUAAUAUUUAAUAUGCAUUCUUGAUUAAUAAAUUGGCUUGUGUUUCAAUAAAAUCCAACUCAAUUUUGUUAAUUCAAUGAAGAUACUUCGAAAUGUGAGGCUUAUGAUUACAAAAGCCCCCUUUAGAAAGUAAAUUAUGUGCUUCGCUAAUUAGUGUAAAUAGAUAUGAAUUCUUUUAGUAUUCAAGUGAUUCUUGUGACUAAAAUUCAUUCACCUGUAAUUGUAUUG